GCACGAGUCUCGUUAAACACACUAACCAACCAACCAACCAACCAAGGCCCGUAAGGCGUUAUCCCCGGCGCGAGAGACCCAUGCUGAUCGUGGCGUUGCUCAAUCUGUGCAUUCUUGUCUCUCCGCAUGCUUCGACUGCAGCCAGCGGUGUCCGCCCGAGUGCAUCCAUCCCCAUGCUGAAGGUCGGCCAGCGGCACUCUGACGACGCCAUAUUCGACGCCCUCGGCACCAUCAAAGGGCGGCCUCCCAACCAUCCCUUUGUCCGCGGCACGCUCCUGAGGUACCCGACCUCGUCGAUGGCGCCGUCCUCUUACAUGGUCAAUCACAAGCGGUUCCUCAUCGGCCACGGCGAGAAGGCCUACCACUUCGCCUCCCGCGCCCUGCUCUCGUGGCAGCUCAUCAACGAGAGCCUCGAGUGGAUCCGCAUCGACAGACGGGGCGAGGCCGUCACGACCUGCGCAAAGGCCUACGGCGUGUCCGCCAUCAACCCAUGCCUCUACCAAUACGAGCUGAUUGACCAGCGCGCGGCCAGGCCGUCGGGCAGAGAGGUGGUCUAUACGGCUGUGGGCUACUCGACCGUCAAGGGCCACCUGCUGGCCGGCGAGGAGCGGUUCACCGUGGCCUGGAACCAGACGCCCAGAAAGGGCGGCCCCGUGUCGCGCAUUUUCGGCCUCCGGAAGCAACGGCCGGCGAAUGACAGUGACAGUGAGGGCGAUGGCAUCGAGAGUGAGAAGGACGGUGUGUGGUUUGAGGUCUACUCGUACUCCAGGCCCUCUGGCGUGCUGGGCCGGCUUGCUGCGGUGGCGGUGCGGCCGCUGCAGAGGCGGUUUGCGGCUGACCUGGCCGCCAAGAUGCCGGCAUACGUGGCCAAGGCUGUCAAGGAAGGGGGCGACUAGGCAAUUUUGCGGGGAGGGUUUAAAUAGCUGGCUGGCGCCCGCGCGCGUGUUGGUGUUGCUGGAUACUGUUCUUGACUGUAUGUUGCGUGUGUCUUCGUGGACGGUGGCUAGAAAGUGACGCGCGCAUGAGCCUUUCAAUGCGACAUUUGACGGUCGUCUGGUUGGAUGCUUUACCCUUGAAGUCUGGCCACC